GAUAACGCCUAUAUGAGAAGAAGCAGCAAGAUCAGCAUUAUGACUGAUGGAGACUAUGACUAUCUAAUCAAACUCCUGGCCCUUGGAGAUUCAGGGGUGGGGAAGACUACAUUCCUUUAUAGAUAUACUGACAAUAAAUUCAAUCCAAAAUUCAUCACUACAGUAGGAAUAGACUUUCGGGAAAAACGUGUGGUAUACAAUGGUCGAGGACCAAAUGGAACUCCAGGAAAAGCUUUUAAGGUACAUCUUCAGCUUUGGGAUACAGCAGGACAGGAAAGAUUUCGAAGUCUUACCACAGCAUUUUUCAGAGAUGCUAUGGGCUUCUUAUUAAUGUUUGACCUCACCAGUCAACAGAGCUUCUUAAAUGUCAGAAACUGGAUGAGUAAGUCAGACCAAGUAGCUUGCUUUGAUUGA